UAUGUGUUAUUUUGAAAAGGCAAUAUUAUUGUUAAAUAUAAUGCAUGCUACAAUCUACGCAGGGUAUCCCCAAGGUUAUAGUCAAAAAAGGAUACAGUAUCCUUCUCGAAGAGACCAUGCAAUUCGCUUCAAUAAAAAUAAUUAUAAUAGUGACGAGAACUUUUAUCCAGGAAACGAAGGUCAAAAUAUAUACCAAGCUGAUACAGAUCGAGAUCAAAACGUAUUUAAUGAAUACGACAGUUUAUCGACCGAAAAUCUACCAAAUUCAUUAGAAGAGGAGAAACACAACCGAAGACAUCAACGUCACAGAAACUUUGAUCAAAGUCUAUAUCAGGAUGAACCACAAAAAUUGGAAAACGUUGAGGAGCAAGGAUUUCAAGAAAAUCAAUCGGAAUCAAUGGAAGAUGUACAUAAUUAUAAACCUAUAACUCGACGAGAUCAAUAUCACCACAAAGAACAAGAACUAACCAACUCAGAUGAGGAUAUAGCGGCUAAACAACAAAAUCAUCGAUUUAAUAAUAGAGACCAAUAUUAUCCAGACUGGAAUGAAUAUAUAAUUCCAAGGGAGCGCCAUCAACGUAAUUUCUAUAAAAAUCGGCGAAAAAAUGAAUUAAAUAAACGCCAAAAAAUUUAUUUUUCACAAAAUAGAAAUCAACAUCAGCCAAAUAAUCAUAGAUAUUCAUCUGUACAUGAAAUUCCCAAAAGAAAUCGUAUCUCAAAUAAUAGAAUAUCCGAACCGCGUAGAAAUCAUCGCAUCAGACAUCAAUGGAAAAACAUCCACCAAAACCUAAGACUUAAGAAAUAUUUAGAAAAAAUAUCAGCCCAACCAUCUCAGGAACAGUUGAAUGUAGAAAACAGGAUUCCUAAAGUUAAAUCUUUAGAAAACAUCAAUAAAACCCAAAAGAGUGCAAAGGUACACAAGGAUCUUAUUGACAAAAUACGUGAAGCACAAAAGUAUAUUUUAAAAAUACAAAGAACUUUACAGACAGGAACAAAAUAUAAAUCUCUAGAGAACGAAAGCCAGACCUCACAAGAUCCAGUUCUACAAAUUAGUCCAAGUAAAGGACGAUGGAUAUUCCGUUCCGGUAAAAAAGCCCAGGAAGGACAUUUAGGUGUUCGUGAAAAGGCCACCAAUCUGAUCCAAAAGUGGGCAGAAAGUCAACGCCUCAUGGUGGACUCCUUCGCUAAAGCAAUAACUGAAAUUUUGAAAUCACACGACGUAAAUCCCAGCCCAGGUAACAAUGUUCCUCAGGAGAAAUUAGUGGUUAUGGAGGACUUGCUCAAGCAAGUGGUGGACUCUAUCAAAAAACUAAGGGAAGAUACUAGUCAUAAGUCGGAAAAUAAUUCAAAUGGUAGCCCGAGUAAGGAAACAAAGGAACAUGUCAACGCAGUUCUUCAGAAGUGGAUAGAGACCCAAAAAACUCUAAUCGAUUCAUUUUUAGAUGCAGUUCGUAAGUUAACAGGCCUCAAGCCCGAGGAAACUAAACCUGCUCUGGAAAGCAACGCCAGUGAAAUCGAAAUAAUGGAGAACUUGAUCAAGAGGCUGCGGGAACUAAUUGAACAUCUUAAUGGACAGAAAGUAGCUUCAAGCUCAACCACAACAUCCACAACUUCAGAAAUACCGGCAACUCAUACUCCCUAUCUGACCACCGAGAGUUCCUCGACUUCUACUGAAACUACUUCAUCAACUACCAUCUCCUCGGCUACUGCUCUAAAAACUGAUAAGCCUCUGGAUACAACAACGGAAAGUUCCUCGACUUCUGUUCCAACUACUUCAUCUACAACUAUCACCUUGUCUACUUCAACAUUAACUGAUAAACCUCCGGUUACUACAACGGAAAGUUCCUCGACAACUACUACCAUCUCCUUGGAUACUAAAAUCCUUACAUCUACAACAACCAGUUCCUCCGCUUCUAUUUCAACUACUUCAUCUCCAUCUCCAGAUACUACCAGUAGUCCCACUACAUCCUCAACAUCUACAGCUCCUACGUCAACACAAACGGAAUCUGACUCUACCAAAAUGACAGAAUCAUCAACACCAACAAACCCAUCCACCACAUCUAUCCAGCCUCUAUCUACCACAUCUCAUUCAACAACGGAGACUCCAAAUCCCAAUGAAUCUUCAAUAUCAAAACUUAAGAAAAUACUCGAUCUUUUGAAAAAAUUGCGCAAAAUACUGAACACAAUAGUCGAAAAGUCGAAUGGAAAGAUUUCAUCGGACCUUAUAGAGCGAUUCAACAAGCUUAGAGACUUCUUCUUCAACAGCAACAAUAGAAACUUCUUCAACAAUAAAAGAAUCUCCAACAACUAUCAUAACAGAGACUCCUUCAACAACAACGGAGAUUCCAACAACCACUACAACAGUAACUCCAUUAACCACCACUACAACAACGGAAACCCCUACUACAACAACAGAGACUCCUUUAACAACACCGGAGACUUCAGCAACUACAACAGGGACUUCCACAACAACGACUUCUUUGUCGACAGAAACUACUACAACCAGAAUCAAUUCCACAACAGAGAACCCCACUACAACUUCUAA